GUUUGAUGAAAUCGUGGGGGGCUUUGACCAGCUCCCCCAGGCCCUACACAAUUCGCUCCUCCCAGGGACCGUCUGGUUCUACUCACCAGCAGAGGAAGUGGAGAUGUCUGGAGACUGUGUCCACGUGACCUACAGGACACCUGACCCUCUGCAGCCCAGGGCACGGCUGACUGCAGAUUUUGUGGUGGUAGCCAUCACUGCCAAGGCUGCCCGGCUCCUCCGAUUCCAGCCAUCUCUCUCUCUAAACAAGCAGGAUGCUCUGCGCUCUGUCCACUAUAAUAGUGCCACCAAAGUGAUCCUGGCCUGCACACAUCGUUUCUGGGAACGAGAUGGCAUUUUUAGUGGAAAGUCUAGCACUGACCGGCCUUCCCGCUUCAUCUACUAUCCCAACCACAUCUUCCCCAAUGGUGCAGGUGUCAUCCUUGCGUCUUAUACCCUGGAUGAUGACUCCGUGUUCUUCACAGCCCUGGACCACAAUCGGGUAGUGGACAUUGUUCUGGAUGACCUUGCUGCUAUUCACAAUCACAACAAAGAGGAACUCCGUACCAUCUGUCCCUACUUCACAGUCAAGAACUGGAGCCAGGACCCCUAUUCCAUGGGUGGCUUUGCCUUCUUCACCCCUUACCAAUACGUGGACUAUGCCCAGGAACUCAGCCAGCCGGAAGGGCCCGUCUUUUUCGCAGGUGAGCACACAGAUAUGCCCCAUGGCUGGAUUGACACUGCUAUUAAGUCAGGGCUCAGGGUGGCAAAGAACAUUCAGGAGGCUGUGGACUUGGCUUUGACAAGGAACCCCAGAAACACAAAGGAACACUUCUACAAAAGUGAGCUGUAA